UGGGUCUGGGUCUGGCUCUGGGUCUGGGUCUGGCUCUGGGUCUGGGUCUCCAGCAGCUGCAGAGCGGCGGUGUGAGCAGCAGGUGGCGCUGCGGAGCUGUAACUUCAGUUGUGAGAGGAAACAGGUGACGCUGCUUCACAGCGAGCGUGCAGGUGCGUCAAGCUCUCACAGGAAGUGUCCAGGUGCAGUCAGCUGUCUGAAGGCAGCUUUUCACAAUAAAAGUCCACAUUUUGGAGAUGAAGAUUUCCAGCUGACAGCCGCAUCGAUCUGAAGUCACGACUGCAGGAGCGCGUCAGCAUGAAGCUGUUAAUUUUAGUGUUUUCCAGAGGGACUCUGGUGCGCGCUGCCACCAUCAGAGGCCGAUUAACACUUUAUCCUCAUUCUGCUCAUGUUGAUUGAUUGAUUGAUAUAGUUAUUGAUCACUAACAGGCCUCAGCUCAGUCUGUUCAGUCUGAAAGUUGAAACUUUGAGUCAGAAAUCAAGCUCUUCACUCACUGUCUCUGGUGUGAAACAGGAAGUGGUUUUUGCUGAGCAGGUUCACCCACAGAGGAGGGACCACAGGCAGGAGGUCUCACUCUGAACGGGUUUACGGAGACUACAACUUCUCUCACUCCUGCUGAGUCCUGGCGUCCAUCCAAGGACUUCCAGGUCCUUUAGAGGGCUCCAGAGAGACAUGAAACAGAUCCUUGAAAUGUUUCCUUGAGUCCCUCUGUUCUCUGGAGGGACCCAAGGACCUAUUUCAAGGACCCACAGAAUCUUUUAAAGCACCCAGCCCUCACAAUCACCCUGGAAACUCAUUUAAGGACUCUUUUAAAGGAUUCCUGGAGCCCUUAUAAUGACCCAUGGAAUAGCUCACAAGCAUCCUUGAAACUCUUAAGAACCCCUGGAAACAAAGCAACUCUAGAAAGACCCCACUAUCCAUUUCAAGGUCAUUUGGAGCCAUUUCAAGGACCCUAGAAUCUCCUGUAAAGGGUUUUUCAAGCAGUAUUGUGAUUCUUUUAUGUCCCUAGAGAGUUUCCAGGGUCCUUGAAAAGAUUCCAGGUCUAGUGGGUCGUUUGAAAGGCUUCCAGGAGUCCUUGAAAUGGCUUCUGGGAUCCUUGCAGACUUUCCAGAGGUCCUAUAAAGAGUUUCCAGGAUGCUAAUGAGGGCUCUCUGAAUCCCUUAAGAGAUCCCACAGACCUUAUAGGGAAUCCAGGACUCCUUGAAAUUGCCUGAGGGGUCCUUCGAGAGUUCCAGGACCCGCGUGCGGCUGUUUUUGCCCUUCUUGCAUCCUUUCACAGUUUUCAUUUGUCUGUAAGGAAGUUCCAGGAUCCUUUAGAGGGCUCCUGGAGUCCUUCAGGACAUUCCAGGAGUCCUCAAAGAAGUUUCCAGGAUUGUGAUCUUUCAAUAAACUGCAUGGAUCCUUGAAAGAGUUCCAGCUGGCGUUCAGAGUUUCAAGGAUUCAUCCCGGAUGUUUCAAAGCAGUUUUUUUUUGCUCCGUGAAACGGUUUCAGUUUUCGCGAGGAGUGAGUCUUCUUCAGGCGCAGAGAGGAUCUUCGGCUGCACAGAAACACACUGAGCCGUUUGAAGCCUGCCGGGAAUCAAACCCACGACUCUGCGCCGGACGGACCGACUCUCUUCUCUCGCGCUACUUUCCUUCUCUGAGCUUCGGUGAUGAAGGAGCAGAACUUCGAAGAGCAGGUGAUGAAGAUUAUGGAGGAAGCACCGAACGCCAGAAAAGCUCUGCUGGAAAAUUACGACAACCUGCUGAACGUGGCCGAUUACUGCUACAACAACUACAUACAGUCAGCGGAUGGCAGUAUGAAGGCUCUGGAGGAAACUAAGAACUUCACCACCCAAUCACUGGCCAGCGUUGCCUACCAGAUCAGCACUCUGGCCAGUAGCGUACUGAGUCUGCUCGACGCUCAGGCCAAUCAGCUGCGUCACAUGGAGUCUUCCAUCAACCUCAUUGGUCAGACGGUGGAGAUGCACAAAGAGAAGGUUUCUCGGAGAGAAAUUGGCGCCUUCACGGCGGUGAGACGACUCCCACGCAGCCACAAGAUCCUCCCUCCUCCUCAACCGACUGCCGGUUCACAGCCCCGCCCACCAUACAGCCGCAGACCAAUCAACUUCCAGCAGCUGGACGGCCUGGGCCACGGCAUGAAGGUCUCUGGGAAACAGUCGGACCGAACAGGAACCAUCCGUAAAGCCUCCAUCAGGUCCACCAAACCUCCAGAGCCGGUCCAGUGCCCGGUGGCGCCCCCUGUCAGUGGCUCUAGUUUUGGGAAACCCGUGGCUCCGCCCAUCAUCCCCACCACCUGCCAGGCUCCACCUGAGUGUGACAUCAUCACCACGCUGCUGGACGACGCCCCGCCUCCUCCUCCUACAGCCAAUGAAAUGUCAGCUCAGGUCGUCACUAACACCUCGGCCCUGCCCCCUCCACCUCCUCCACCUGGUUCGUCAGGACAUAUGGUGCCCCCCCCUCCACCUCCUCCACCCCCACCUUCAGAGGCUCUGACCAAUCACAGCGCCCCACCGCCGGCUCCGCCCCUCAGCCUAGAGACAGUGGUGGAGGAGACCAGCUUCCCCCCUCCCUCUCCCCCUCCUCCCCCUCCUCCCUCUGAUGAUGACGGCUUCCCUCCGCUGCCCAAUGACGCGUCAGAACUGCCAGCCCCGCCCCCUCCACCUCCACCCAGCCAGGAAGUAGAUGUGACUCUCCAAUCCAGGAGGAGUCGCCGCCGUCGCUCGCCCCCCACCACUCGCUCUCUCUCUAUGAGGGUCCGCUCUGGCCCCGCCUCCCGCUGCCGCUACACACGCUCUCUCUUCCUGCCUGCUGUCCAGUCACUGAUGAUCCCCCCCCCCUACCCUCCCCCCCAUGCUCCUCCUCACCUCUCCUCCUCCUCCUCCUCCUCCUCCUCCUCUUCUUCACCUCGGCUCUGCUUACCUGCUCGCCUCGAACACCUGGAUCUAGAGCUCCCAGCCACGCCCCCUCCGCUCCUAUUGGACGGUGAGGGUGGUUUUGAUGACAUCAUGCCACCCCUCCCUCCACCAGUGGACUACGACACCGACGCCCCUCCACUAUACCUGGAGAAAGUGGUGGCGCUCUACAGCUACGAGGCUUCCAAACCUGACGACCUGUCACUCGCAGAGGGUGACGUCAUCUACCUGACACAUCGCCAUGACGAUGGCUGGUGUGAGGGGCUUCUCAACGGCAACAGAGGCUACUUCCCUGAAAACUACGUCCAAUCGUGUGGCUAGACCGAAGCCCCGCCCCCUCUCUGUGGCUCCACAAGUGUUUGUUUUGUUGUUCACUGUUGCCAUGGAGAUUUUACAGUCUGUGGAAGUGUGAGAUUAAUUUAGCUCCUCUGCUGCCCCACAGAGGUAAAACACCGUAACUACAAGUUCAGUCAAACUGAGUUAAGUUUUUACUUUUUCACCGUUUUACUAAAAGAAAAAAUAAUUUUUAUAAAAACAGCUUCUUAAAGUUGCAGAAACAAAACAAAAAAGAUAAAAAGUAUUUUUAUAGGAAACUUGUAUUUUCAAUGAUACAGCAUCAAUGCACAUCGCCAACAACUUAAAAUAAAAUAAAUAUAUACACACACAAUAAGGGAGGUAAUUAAUAAUAGAAUAACAAACUCACUUCUCCAGCAAACACGAUGUCACUUUCUUCACUUUGACAUCUGAUGCGAUCGUUAAACUUCCUUUAAAUCCCAUCAGAGCUGAAACGAUUAAUCGACUCAAAUCAUUUCAGUAAAAACGUUUUCUUUGUUUUCUGUGAUGUGAACUGAAUAUUGGGGGGUUUGGAUAAAACAAGCAAUUUAAAAAUGUCAUCUUGGGCCCUUUAUGAUUAUAUUAUUAUUAUUAUUAUUAUUAUUAUUAUUGGAAACAUAAUCAGCAGAUUAUUCUGUAAUACAAAUAAUCAUUAGUUGCAGCCCUAAAUCUCAGUUAACUGUUGAUUCAUUUAUUGUAGGAGUUAAAAUAUAAAUCAGGUCUGCAGCAAACAAUUAUUUUUAUUAUUGAUUAAUGUACUGAUUAUUUUUUCAAUUCAUCGUUUUGUCUAUAAAAUGUCAGAAAAUAGUAAAAAAUUCUCAUCACAAUUUCAAAGCAAAGUCGAUGGUUUCAGAUCAUUUUACAGAUAAAGAAAAUAAAUAAUAAAAAGAAAUGAAGAUCAAACUUUAUUGAUGCACAGAGAGAAACAGGAAGUGAAAAAUCUGCACACAUAAUAUACAUGCAGAAUGAGUCACGUAUUGAUUCAUUGGAAAUUAGAUGAUUAAUGACAAAUGUUUAAUUUAUUCAGCCCAACAUCACAAACCACAUAUUUACCUGUAAAGGUUGAAACGUGUUCGUGAAUUUAUUCGUCUCCAACAAGAAGGUGAAAAUAUCUAUAAAACUUAUAUUUAAACUUAUAAAAGUUUAAGUUGACAGAAACAUUUAUUAAUCAGUUAAAACCUGGUUUUGUCUUUUACGCUUUUUUCUUCCUUUAAGUUUAACAGUUUUGAUUUAGAGUUUUUAUUUAAAGAAAGUUCACAUCUUUUCUUUGUUAAAACAAACUUCUAGUAUAUUUUACUGAUUACACCUGUGUACUUUUACUUCAGUGAGAUAUUGAAUGCAGGACUUUGGCUUGUAAUGAAGUAUUUGUACAGUGUGUUGAUUGGUUGUUGAGUGCCUGUCAGGCUGCACUGAGGGCUGCAGUGCUACCUGCAGGCCACAGACACAAACUACAGACUGAAGACGUGUUUAUUUCAUCACUUUAUUAAGUAUUAUUACUGUUAAUAAUAAAGUAAAGUUAUUAAUGUUACAUCAUUAUUGUUUCUUCAAAUGAUCAAUAAAUUAAUGAAUCUUGAA